AUGGCAAUGGCUGAAGGAAGAAACAGCACUACAGUUGCUAGGUUUAUCCUAUUGGGCUUCUCUGAAUUUCCAAGGCUUUCAGGCUUCCUCUUUUCAAUAUUCCUAGGGAUCUACCUCAUGACAGUGUCCUGGAAUCUGGCUCUCAUCACCUUGAUCAAGAUAGACUCCUACCUGCACACACCUAUGUAUUUCUUCCUCAAUAAACUUGCCUUCUUAGAUAUUUGUUAUGUUUCCUCCACAGUUCCCAAGAUGCUUUCAGAUUUCUUUAAAAAGCAGAAAUCUAUGUCCUUCAUGGGCUGUGCCAUGCAAUACUUUUUCUUCUCUAGCCUGGGUCUGACUGAGUGCUGUCUCCUGGCAGCCAUGGCUUAUGAUAGAUAUGCUGCCAUUUGUAAUCCUCUGCUCUACACAGCCAUCAUGUCCCCCACCCUCUGUGUGCAGAUGAUGGUAGGAUCUUGUAUAACUGGAUUCUUUGGCUCAUUAAUCCAACUAUGUGGCUUACUUCAGCUCUACUUUUGUGGACCAAAUGUCAUCAACCAUUUCUUCUGUGACCUGCCCCAGCUGAUGAUCUUAGCCUGCUCUGACACCUUUUUCUUGCAAGUUAUAGCCUCUGUUCUCACAGUGAUCUUUGGGCUUGCAUCUGUUCUAGUUAUCAUAAUAUCCUAUGGUUGUAUCAUUGUCACCAUUCUGAAGAUCUCUUCAGGCGAAGGCAGGUUCAAGACCUUCAACACAUGUGCUUCUCACCUGAUAGCAGUGACUCUCUUCUUUGGUUCAGGUAUCUUUGUCUAUUUGUGUUCUAGCUCUGAUGAUUCUCUGAGCCAAAACAAGAUGGCUUCUAUUGUAUACACUAUGUUGAUUCCCAUGUUAAAUCCACUGAUCUAUAGUCUAAGAAACAAGGAAAUCAAAGAUGCUUUAAACAGAUGGAAGAAGAGAAUAUUCUUCUUGAAUUUUUGA